CAUCCUUCUUUUUAUAAGCACACAUGCACACCUUCGCCUCCAAAACCCUGUCUCUCCUUUCAUUUUAGGAGUCACAGAGCUUUUCCGGCGGAGGAGCACGUCGAAGAAGCGGCAUAACCUCACAAUAUUCAAUUCCAAUGGCCGCUAUCUUCCGUACACUUCUUUUGCUUCUUACUCUAUCAGAAUCAUUUAUCGGUGUCUUCACCAUUGGAGUCGGAGUCAACUAUGGACGAAUUGCAAACAAUCUUCCACCUCCAUCUCAAGUAUCAACCCUUCUUAGAUCUUUAAACAUUACUAGAGUAAAAGUCUAUGAUGCCGAUCCACAAGUGUUACAAGCAUUUGCAGGAACAAACAUCGAAUUCAUCAUUGGUUUAGGAAACGAAUACCUUCAAAGAAUGAGAGAUCCUCAACAAGCUCAAACAUGGAUUCAACAAAACGUACAACCAUACCUCUCACAAACCAAAAUCACUUGUAUCAACGUCGGCAAUGAAGUUCUCGGAGGACAAGAUACUCAAUUAGCAUCAUAUCUCCUUCCAGCCAUGAAAACCAUGUAUGGAGCUUUAGUUAAUCUCGGAUUAAGCAAACAAGUUUACAUAACCACUGCUCAUUCCCUUCAAAUCUUAGCAACUUCUUUCCCACCUUCUCAAGGGACAUUUCAGGAAAACCUAAUUCAAUACAUUCAACCAAUUCUAAACUUUCACGCUCAAGUCGAUUCCCCCUUUUUCAUAAACGCAUACCCUUAUUUCGCAUACAAAGGUGAUCCAAACAAUGUCCCUUUAGAAUACGUUCUUUUUGAACCGAAUUCUGGAUCAAUUGAUCCACAUACGAAUUUGAAAUACGAUAACAUGUUAUACGCACAAAUUGACGCUGUUUAUUCAGCUAUAAAAGCAUUAGGUCAUACUGAUAUUGAAGUUAAAAUUUCUGAAACUGGUUGGCCUUCAAAGGGAGAUGAAAACGAAGCUGGAGCAACUGUUCAAAACGCUGGAAUUUAUAACAGAAAUUUGAUGCAAAGAAUGCAACAGGGGGAAAGUACUCCUGCAAGACCUUCGCAGCCUAUUGAUAUUUACGUUUUUGCCCUUUUCAAUGAGAAUCAGAAGGGUGGGCCCACAUCAGAGAGGAACUUCGGAUUGUAUUAUCCCGAUGGGAGUUUGGUUUAUAAUCUUGGAGUAAAAAGUUAUAUCCUUCCACGAAUAGACUACUCAUCUUCCAUGAAAAACGGUUUAUCUAUCUUGAGUCAUCUCGUUUUGCUUAUGGGAUCCCUAGUGUAUUUUCUUGAGAGAUGAAUAGUUAAAUUGUAAUUUGGUGACAAGUAUACAAAGAAACGUGACUCAAGAGGAUGAUUAUUUGAGGUGAGAUUUAAGGAUUCAGAUUUUCAUAUUCAUGGAUGAUACAUCAAUAUUUUCAAAGCAGUGGGAACCUGUCAUCUUCGUAGUACACAUUUUUAGAACAUGGUUACAUACUUCAAUACAAUAUUUAUUGUUUUUGUUUUAUAGUAUAUUAGAAAUUCGUUAUUAUGUUUAUACGCAAUGAUAUAUUAUUAUAGUUUA